AUGUACCAAUCCAAAUAAUCAAGUAAAUAGGUUCAGGAGGAAAGAAAAUAGCCUAUAAAAGUAUCGAUAAGAAUUCGUCCUUUGCUUAAGAAAGAGUAAGGUUAAGAGACAAUUGUAAAAAGUGAAAAUGUAAAAUUUAACAAUAUUAUAUAUUAUUUUAGAAAAAGUUCGUUGUGUUUGAAUAAUCAACAUAAAUUUUAAAGUAAGAAUUUGAUAGAGUUUUUGAUGAUUAAUCUUUAUAAGUUGAGAUUUAUAAUAAUCUAAAUGAAUGUAUUAAAUAAGCAUUUGAUGGAUUCAAUGGAACUAUUUUAGCAUAUGGUUAAACAGGGAGUGGUAAAAUAUUUGAUUAAUAUAAGGUAAAACAUAUACAAUGUUUGGAAGUGAUUGGGAAUCAUAAAUGAAUUUUAGUAUAAACCAUUAAGCAACUUACUGUGCUGAUUUAAAAAGUGAUAUUUCAUUUGCUGGGAUUAUACCUAGAGUUAUCUUUGGAUUAUUCGAUAAUUUACCAAAAAAUUUUUAUAUUUAUUGUUCUUUUCUUUAGAUUUAUAAUGAAAAGAUUUAUGAUUUAUUAUAAGAUCAUAAAGUACCUGUAUAAUUGAAUUUACAUGAAAGCAAACUUGAUGGAAUAUAUGUGGGUAAGCAUAAAUUUUAGUAUAUAGAUUUAAUUAUUUUUAGAGAAUUUAACAGAAUAUGCUGUCAAUAAUUAUCAUGAUUGUUUAACAUUAAUGAAAAGAGGAGAAAGAAAUAGAAUUGUUCGUUAAACUACUAUGAAUUUAAAAUCUAGUAGAAGUCAUACUAUAUUUUAAUUGAUUAUUGAGACUAAUAAAGUAGAUAAACAUGGAGUUCUUUUUAAAUCCAAAUUAAAUCUUUGUGAUUUAGCUGGAUCUGAAAAAAUAAAUAAAUUAGAAGUACUUUCAAAUGAUCAUUUUGUUGAAUUAAAAAAUAUUAAUUAAUCAUUAACUACUUUAGGUAAAGUUAUUUAAAAUUUAUCUUAAAAUAAUAAAAAUAAAUAAAAAUUACCUAUUCCAUAUAGAGAAUCAAAAUUAACAAGAUUAUUAUAAGAUAGCUUAGGUGGAAAUACAAUGACACAUAUUAUAGUUAAUAUUGCCCCAAAUAUAUAUAAUAUAGAUGAAACUGUUAGUAGUUUAAAAUUUGCUUAAAGAGCAAAAAAUGUAACUAUAAAAAUUUAACCUAAUAAAUUUAAUGCUAAUGAUUAAGUUUUAGUUAAUAAACUUAUAAAAGAGGUAUCUUUUUAUAAAUAUUUUAAAGAUUGACUAUUUAAAAUCAUUAUUAAAUAUGAAGAGAAGUGGAUUAAACUAAAAUGAUUUACAUUUUAAAUUGAUGAAAAUAUAAGAAGAAAAUGAAAGAUUGAGAGAGAUAUAACUUAGUAAUGAUGACGUAGAAAAAAUAAUAUAAGAGAAUAGAAAAAUGAAAGAAGAAAUACAAAAAUUAUAAUAAUAAUCUUCUUUUGGUGAUCCUUCAGAAUCAUCUUAUAUUGUAAAGAAAUUAUAAAGUGAAGAAGGAUUUGGUUCUGAAGGUACUACUGAAAGAAGACCUUUAGUUUAUAAUGGAAUGUUUAUUGUUAGUAAUCCUGGGAAUUAAUAAAAAACAGAAGUUUAAGUAAGAUUUAAAGAUGGAAGAAAUCAAUUAUAAAUGAAGAAAGGUUAUGUUGAAAUAAGUGAUUAAUAAGAAUAAAGACAGAAAAGAUUUCUAAGUGAAAAAAGAAGAGUGAUGGAAAGACUAUAAUAUUUAGAUUAAUUAUAAAUCAAAAAUGAAAUGACCUAUUCACUAUUAUCCUAACCCAGUCACUUCAAUAGUUUUUAAUUAAAUGAAGGAAAAAAAACAACAAAAUAUAAAUAACUUGAAAAAUAAUUGAUUUAGAAAUAAUGA